AGGAGCACUUCCGGUUCUAUUUUCGUUUCAUUCUCACUCAACAUCAAGAAUGUAAUACUGCAUCACUUGAAUAGUGGGAUAAUCGUCUGUUUAUUGUAAUUUCUUCAAUAGCAUUUUGUCAGGAUAUUGCAAUGAAACGACCGGCUGUACUUGGAAAACCAUAAAUUUACGAAUUCACAUUAGCUAAAUUAUUACAGAUCAUAAUACGUUUUUACUAGCCGUAAGUUACCUAUGUGAAGAAUGAAAUCUGUGGUGCAGGACGCAUUGAGUCCAACUGAUGGGAUUCCCAAAUUCACCCUAGAAACAGAUAUAGAGGUACCUUCACCAGAAAAAUUUGACAUUGUUGUACAAGUAAAAGCAUGUGCUUUAGCAAAAUAUAACUCAAAGAUACUUACAGAAAUCCACAAGAAAAGUCAGCGAGAUAGAUAUAGUGUUGGGCAUGAUGUGGCUGGUAUCGUGGUCAAGAUUGGUCAGUCUGUUACCAGUGUAGCUCUAGGAGACAGUGUUGUAGGUGUUGUGCCAUUGAAUGCCAGAUACUCAGGAUGUGGAGAGUACUGCCUGAUGUCCGAGUAUGAUGUUGUCAGAAAACCAGACAGACUAAGUUUCGUUGAAGCUGCAGCAGGGAUCGGAGACUGUGUGAGGGCGUAUACUGCUUUACACUACCAGGCACGGGUUUGUGGGGGGGACACAGUCCUUGUGAUGGACGGAGCCACACCUUUCGGAUGUGUAGCACUCCACCUGGCCAGUUACUGGGGCGCAAAGGUUAUUACAACAUCCAGUAGUCAGGAUGAACGCAACUUCAUUGAUGGCCUGCAAAUAUCUAUAGCUCAAGUGAUAGAUAUCAGUAAGAGGAGUAACAUUUUAGCGAGUAGUGUAAUGGAAGAGACAGGGGGUGUGGGAGUGGAUGUCGUCAUUGACAACGGAGCCUGCAUGUUUACCAAUGAGGAAGAUCUCAAUAUAAUGGAGGAGAAAAGAAAGUAUUCAGUCCCACACAAACAUGAAAUCAUUUCCUGUCUUGGGGCAUCAGGGAAAUGGAUUACAUCUCAAUAUAAUCUUCAGCUGGACCCACCAGAUAGCCAACAGUUGUUUCUGCGAGGGGCCAGCGUCUGCUUCUUGUUUGACAAAAUAUGGAACUUGUCUUGUUCUCAACAAGGACGAUAUCAACAUAUACUACAUGAUGCUGUAGAAAAAAUAGAGAAAGGAGUCGUCAAGUGUAAAAUAGCGAAGGAAUUCACAUUGGAUGUAGCAGUGGACGCCAUGAUGCACCUUGAUCAGCUACGAAUAGGACGAGCAGUUGUUACGAUGUAAAAUAUGACCAGUGGAGCUCAAUGCCCUGGUUAUUACUGAAUUGUGGACAUUAGACAGAGGGCAGUGACCUUGUGAUGUGUCAUGUGAUUCAGCAGACCAAUGAAAUAUUGUUUUAGUAAACUGAUAUACACAUUUAUGUGAGAUGUUUUAACUUGAAUUGAUUAAAACAAACAUAAAUGAU